AUCCCCCUCUCCGUGGAAAAAAGCACCACCCCCACAUAAUUCACUAUGUCAGCCCCCUCUCCCAAAAAGAAAAGGUAUUAAUUCAAGGCUGGCAUAGACUUUGGGGGAGGGGGACAUCUCAGCAUUGGGGAUAUUCCAGAGCCAACUCAAACUUUUUGAAUUAUUUUGGGGGUCUAAGUUCCUUUCCAGAAGCCUUUAAAAAGCACCAAAAUUUAGCCUCGGCCUUCAGAAUACCCACAAAAGGAUGAAAGGUUACAUACAGAAAUUUCAAAAUGUUGGCCCCCCAAAAAACAACCUUCCCCCGCCCCCUGACGUAGCAUAUUAUGCAUGGGCUAUGAUGUACAUGUAGAUGUGAAUGUACUGCACAUACGGCAUACGAAAGGUAAAUGUACCCGUAGGUGUACAUUUACUGCACAUGUACAGUACUGUGUUUAAUCAUGGCUCAAUGUACUGUACAUCCCACAUUGCAAGCUAGCUCGACGCUCUCAUUCGAAGAUUCGUUUCAUGCACGUGCAUGCACAUGACUAGACUGAGAAAGCUAGUCUGGAUUUGAAUAUUCAUAACAUCCGGGAGUUGGGCAUGGAGUCGCGGGUCAAAUGUUCACUGAGUUUCGUGUGCUCGUACGAACGAACUUCAAAACCUGUAGACUGUGUCGUGUUUUGUUUUUUUAAUUUGUAAACCAAAUAAAGGUAUUUCAGUUCCAAGAUGAUGGGCCACGUAAAGCACUCCCCACAAACCUAGAGGGCGCCACCUCUCUUCAGGAAAGCAGACGUAGCCCCUGACACUUAUCCUGCCACCAUGGAGAAACCAACCUCUACACAAGACAUGGCGAGACCUGGGGGUGACUCCGCCCCCUUUGAAGUCCCCGCCCUGCCAGAGGGUAUCGGUAUGCAGCCCCAGCUGGACACCAUCUUUGCCGAAGUGCAAGCCAGCCUCCCCUCCAUUGACUUUGACUUGUCCGAUGUGAGCUCUGAUGAAGAGAUUGCCGUUGUCAGCCGCUCCCUGAAGACUCCGACGGCGUUGGACCCACACCAGGAAAUUGAGAUGUCACCAGAAACCUGGCGCUCUGCCCUGGAACCCUCCAACAAAAAUGCCUUUUUCCAGGAGGGGGCACUCCAUCAGUGUAAUUCUGCUCAUUCCAGUAGUCAGUCGAGCAGCAGGAAGACUUCCGAUGACAGUGAUGAUGGCGCAGCCAAACUGAUGUCCUUGGAUUCGUCCAUCGUGCAGGUAGGGUCGGCACAUGCCAUGGUGGGUGAAGACUCUGCCUUCAUCAGUAUUUCAGGGAUAAACAGUGAUGAUAAUCAAAUGCACAGUUGGUCAGACUUAAUGAACACUUUGGAAGCCAGGGAGAAUGGAAUGCGGACACCCACCAAUUUUAAUGCUGUAUCAAAUGGUACGGGGUGGACGCAAGACCCAGGCUCCGACAGUACAGUUGCCCGAAACAUGGCACUGGAUAACAGGAAUGCCCCCACUGAAACAUAUCCCAAAGCUGACACCAACUCUACGGAGAACGAGAAGAAAAGGCCAUCAACUGACUUGGAGAAGAGCAGGAUAUCAUCGAUGAUCCCGAUUGAGGCGCCCAAGCUGUCUAUGCAAGACGUGGAAGACAUUGACCUUGACCUGCUGUUGGAUUCCUUUCCUGCCCCAGCAAGCAGAAGGCCAGAAGAGAACAGCCGACGAUCUCCUCAUCCACAGACAGGAGGUGGUGAUGGAACCCAAACAGCCGACCGUGGAAAUCUCAGCCUGAUGGAGAAGCUGGCCCAGCUGUGUGUCCAGCAGUCCUCUGGCACGCUCUCCAAGACCCAGCUCCUGGGCCCACGACCAGAAUCGCCUAGGACACGCAAAGUGGCCUGGGCCGAAGGGGCAGCCAAGCAGGACCGGAAGAUGAGGGACAUGGGAACCAAUACAGAAAUGGAUGACCCUAUGCACAAGCAUCAGGUGCCCAAGUCGACAGUGUCCAUUGGUGUGUCAACCCAGAGUAGGCCUGUGCUGGAGUAUUCCACUCACACCAUAGGGGUAGGCACAAAUGCCAUUAAGAAGGAAAGAACACAGACCGUAUUUCUGGAUCUGCGAGUGACAACAGCAGCCAAAGAAGAGAAGGAACCAGAUGUUGUUCCUGAAUCUGUUAAGAGGAUUCUUCAGUUGAAUUCACCUGGUGGCAGCGAAUCGGAUGCGAGUGAGAGCAGCCAAGAUGAGGAGGAGGACUUGCAAGUCUGGAGAGAGAAUCGAAAGAGAGGAUUUAAGGGGCCCUCCCCACCUCAAGGUGCAGCCAAGAAAUCAGUGUUAAAGGCUACCCCACCACCAAGGGUGAUCAUGCUAAAAAGUGACAAGGAAAAACCCCAAACAGAGACACCCAUAACCAUCAGCCACGCCCAGUCGGCCAAGACAAAAGCCAUGCCUCCAACCCUCCAGACGACCUCCAAACAGAAGACAGCAGCGGCUACCCAUGCCAAAGAGGCCACUGGCAAAGCCCUCCCCGCUACCCCUCCACCCUCCCCUACCACAGCUACUGCCCCCAUCAAAGCCUUGAAUCAAGAGCAUCUACUCCAGGAUGAGAUGAGGCAGAAGUUGCGAGAGCAGAGGGAGCAGGAGCGGGCAGCCAGGAUGCGGCUGCAGAAGCGCCUAGAAGUCCUGCGGCCCCGGUUGUCCGCAUCCGGCAAGAGGCCUGCUGCCAGGAGCACGCCAAUCAUCUAUGAUAUGGAGGCAUCUUACACUGCAUCCCCUCACUGCCUACCUCCCAUCCUAUGCCCAGACCAAGAGUGUGCUCUCCUCACUGUCCAGCUGUCUACAAGUGGUGAAAUCGUCCCCCAGCGUUGCCCCAGCAGCGACCGUGCUGUCAGCCGGAACUGCAUCUCCAUCACCUACCAGCUGUUGCUGACCUGGUUGCUAUCCCUGGUCCCACCGGAAUUUGACUACCUGGCGGAGGGCAUCACCAAGCCUGUGGCAGACAGGAUCCCCAAGCCCGAGUCACACCCGUUCUGGGUGGUGGGGCUUCAGCAGCUCUACCGUGAUGACGGGCCAAUCCUGAAUGUGGCAGUGACCCCCACAGGCCCUAGCACAGGCAGGCAGCACAUGCUGAAGCGAAAGACCAAAGGGCUGGGGAAGGAGAGUACCCGGGACAGCACUCCAUUCCAGGCCCACCUCUCCACCUUCCUCACCAUCAACACCCUCCUGACUGUCUGCCCCUGGGUGGAGAGCACCUUUGCUUGCACCAUCUUGCGGGAUGGGGGCUUGGCCGACACAAGUGACCAGGCUUCAUACGACACCGUCCUUGACGACGGGUCAUAUGUCCCCGCUUUCCCCCACAUCAGCUCCAAGCCGUUGUCGAUGCUAUUGACCCUUAGCCAAGAUCGUGAAGCGGUGCAACGGGUCUUUCCGUCCAGCGAGGCUGCUUUCUUCUGGCAAACUGUUGACGCCGACGAAGCCAUCUCCGACCUCACGUCCACUGAGGAAUAUGACAACUACGCCGAUGUCCAGAACACCAUGAGCCUUGUCUACAAGUCAGUCUACCGCAAUCCGAGGCACAUGCUGGGGUUUUACUAUCGCAUCCUGCAAGAAAGUUUGGAUAUUGCAGGAGUGCGCUUGCUCUACCCCGUGGAGGAGCUGACACCGCCAAACGGCAGCCCCAGGGAGAGGAAGCAGAGAGAAAUGGACAGCGGUCAGCUGCUGAAGCAUGUCAAUAAGGUUGGGCCUAUCCUGGCUGUUGCAAUCCGUGGAGCAAUGGCCCGCACCCGCUGGCUGGAUGCGAUGGGGCCUUCGGACCCACAGCUAGCCCGUCGCACCGAUCCCCGGUCUCUUGUUGCACUCUUCGGUGGCCAGACACGGGAAGAAGUCCCUAUGUACUGCCCGCGCAAUCCCAACCGAGUUAGCUACGAGCUGGCCCUUUGGUUUGGCGGCCGGGUCCCAGAGAGUGGGGUCGUGGAUGUGGGAUCGGCAGGCACCCUUGCCUCCCAGCUAAGAGCGGAGUCUGGCAAGGGGCAGCUAAACCAGAGAGGCAGAAGAGGAAAGAGAGGCUCUCAAGCUGACUUGGGUGAUCAGCUUGCAGACAGUUUGGAAGUCAUAAAGAAACCUCCCUACAUGCUGGUAGCCACCACCCAGAGCGACAUCUUCCUGGUGGUGUCGCCUCUCGUGCCGCCAAUGUGCACAGGGGGGAUCUUGUCUGCCUGCCUGACCAGGGGUUACCAGCUUCGAGGAGUGCGCCGCCUCCGACUCAACAACAAGAGGGUUUCAGUGUUAGGUCUGACUGGAGCACAGGUCCGCGCCUUCAACCCGCUCUCUUGUACCACGCCCACCUCCCCUGCCCAGAACUAUGAGCUGAAGCUGAGGCAGCAGCUGGAGGCAGAGUUUCCCCAGGCCCGCCCUUCUCCCAUGCCUUCCAUGGUGCUCCUGCUGCGGAAGGAGAACGGCUUGCAUCAUGCUGCAGGCCUGGUCGAAGCCUUGAUGGUCCACUUAUGCGUGAAGGGCAUGCUCACCACCAUCAAGGAAAGUAGUCCAUCCGGCACCCUGACCACCAGCCUGUGCUUCCACGUCGCCCCAUACUCAGAGUCUCUUCUGGGUCACCUAGGGGGUGACUUGACCGGCCUUCCAACCGGCAACCUACAGCACUCGGGCCUGGGGUCCCCACCAGGGGGCUUCUACACGAACCCAGAGCUGGAGCAGGUGGUGGUGGUGACUUUCUCAGGAGCCAAAGCCCUGAAGACGGUUGGCAACACUCUGAUCAGACUUCUGGGACUGUAUCCAUUUACUCCAUCCAGCCAACCACCUUCCUCACCCAUGACCUCCUUGGCUGUCGGCCAGGGCUUAGAACUCCUGGGUCUCAAGUGGCUGGCCUCCCUCACGGCUGCCCAGGCCAAGGAGCUCACCCCUUACGAGGUUGGCGAUCGCUACUGGCAGCCCAGUGUCCAGGCCCUUGCCUCCAACCCUGCCUUGGUCUGUGUGGUCAGGGGGCUGAACGCUCCACAGCUGGUGCAGUCCAUCCUGGGUACCUCGCCUGUAACAGGUGCCUUGCCGGGUAAGGGCAUUGCCAACCUGGAAUGUAUCGUCUCCAUGUCGGCCGAGGCCGCCUUCCGACAGGCCACACUCUUCUUCCGGGACCAAGAGCUCUUUGCUGAUCCUACCAUGCGACUCAACCUGCCCUACCUGCCACCACUGCGCAGCCCCAGCCUGGAGGAGCUGUCGACAGCCCGCUUCGCAUGGGCCGAGACCGAGACUGGAGAGGGGACAUCCCUCUUGGUGUCAUCAUCAUCCCCGUCCAAGAACAAGAAGGGAAAAGGGAAGGGCCUGACUAAGCAGCAAGGCAAGGGGAUGCUCGUGGUGGAAGAGUCCAUCUACAAAGCCAUGCUCGUUGGACCCAGACUUCUGACCACCGUGGCUGUCAUCAAGCCUCUGGCCUUCCGCAAGCACCUUGCUAAGAUUCUGAAGAGGAUCGCCCAGGAGAACUUUGCUGUGGUAGCCCUGAGGCUGGCUAUCAUCGGCAGCAAAGAGGCAGAGGAGCUGGUCCCCAAGGAAGACAAACAGGACAAGAUGCUGUGUGCCUUACAUCAGGAGCACCUGAUGUCAGGCCCUGUCUUGCUGCUCUGCCUACAGCGGGAAAAUGCUGUCCGUAAGCUGCUGGACCUGCUGGGUCCGGCCAACCCCCAGGAUGCCCGCCGCCAGAGCCAGUUCCUGUGGAGGGGCAUGUACGGAGCCGACCCAAUCAAUAAUGGCAUACAUGGUUCUGAGAGCUAUCAGGCAGCAGUGAAUGAGCAAAAGUUGCUUUUCCCUGAUGGGCUUUGCUGCAGGGAGACAGCAGAUCUUCAGGCUGAUAAGAUAAUCUGCCCAGCAAGAGAUUCAGUCAUGGGAUACCAGCAGGCUUGCCUGAGGUGCUUCGUCACCAAGCCCCAUCCUGUCAGGACAGAUUCCAAUGACAGCUUUCUGUCUCCUGUCUCCAGUACUCAUUCCUUGACCUCAAUCAGCUCAGGUUCCAGCACCAGCUCCACCGACCUCCUCCUGCCCUCCCACAGCGCCCUCUGCCAGACCAAUUGCCUCCUACUGACCCCACCCCUCCUGUUGACCAAGGUCAAGGGCUACUACCGGGGUCACAUUGAGGUUGUGGAUGCCCUGCUGGCACAUGGCUUCACCAUGGUGGGCAUGCGGAUGGUGUGGUUUGACGAGGACCAAGCACAAGAGUACAGCGGAAUCUACAGCAAGUCCUUCCUCAAUCUGCCAAAGAUUCUUUGCCAUGGACCAAGCAUUGUUGUAGCUGUGGAGAGAGACAAUGCUGUCAGCUGCUUUGAUGCCCUACUAGGAAGCUGUUUUGAUAAGGAGUCUGCCAUCAGUAAGUAUGGAGAGCACAUACUCAGGCCCAAGGACCCUAAAGAGGCUUCCAAGCACUUGGAGUUCUUCUUUGACAAGCUCGUUCCACGAAGCCAGGGGGAAAUUGUCCCACGAUGAUGCCAGUAAGUCAGAUCAGCUUCUUUCCAGGCCAUUUUAUCAACACACCAUACUGUGUUUGAGGCUUACUUACGUUGUCUUUCAUUGCAUCCUUGAUGUUGUAAUUUAAAGUUUUAGUAAGGCCCAUCUUGGUUUAUGGGAAAAGAGGUGAAAACUAUUCCGUCCUUCGUUUGAACUUUGAAAUUGCUCGUUUUUAAUUCUUAAAUGUCAGUAAUGUUUUACAAAUUAUUGUUUUCUUGCACUUGGAAAUUUCAAACACUUGUGUGACACUUUAUACAGAGUAUUCCAUUCGUGGUGUUAUAUAAUAAUAAUUACAAAUCGUCGGUUUCACCACAAAGUGAGAUAUCGCACCACAAACUGACGUAUCCUGUGUACAGAGUCUAUGGACGGUACGUCACUUUGUGGUGCACCAAAACUAUCCUAUAUGUCACUUCAUGGUGAACCAUACGAAAUAUUUAAGUUGAUUUAAAAAUUUACAAAGCCACGUGUUGUUGCAGGAGUUGAUCAUCAGAACAUUCUGUAAAUCAGUCAGUGAGUCCGUCCAUUGUGAAGGUGUUAUAAUUGUGACUUUAUUGUGUACCAGCUUCCACUGUGACAUAAGGUGGUAACUUGGACUUCUUAUUAACAACACCGGCUGUGCUGAUGAUGAUUAAAUCUUAGAUGUCGGUCCUGUGGCCUCUGCAUUUAGAAAUGAACAGUGCAUGCAGUUCAAGUAGGCUGUGCUUCAAAUCGCUCCAUUUAUGUCUAAUUUGGGUUGAAAAAAUUACAGUACGGUCCUUUCUUGAAAAGCUUUUAACACACUCUUGGAUGCUGAAGUUCGAGGUGACUUGUCGCAGAUGUGCUUUUCUUCUGCUCAGGUGUUAUUGAAUGUAUCAAGAGCAAGUCAAAAGGCGAGCAUCACAAUUCUAAUCACUAGUUUUUGUUUCUAAACUUGUUUUGUAAACUGACUCUGACUACAUGUGUGGCUAAAAAGGCAGAUUCUGAAACCUUUGGAAUGCCUCAAAAGUUGAAACUUGGCUCCCUACACAGAGCCUAUUUUCAGCAGAAUGUGCACAAACGCUGUUAGAUUCUUUGUAUAAGAAGCAGCGUCAGGGAGAGCCAGUGGCUGCUGAGGUACCAGACAGCUCUGAAGUUUCAGUUGGUGACACUCUUUUCUGUCUCUCUAUCUCUUUGAAUUGUUCAGAUUCAGUUCAUGCAUGCAAUAGUUGGUACAUGUCUUUAAAUUAUUUUUAAGUGCUGUGAUGAGUUUCUAAUCAGCAUUACCUGCUGCUGUGGUUCUCAGGUUAUUACCUAUAACCACAGUAUAUAUCAAAGAACUGUUGUUGCACCUUUCUUGGCGAAGUACUUUUUGGUUGGAACUAGAACAGAAACAAUACACUUGACAAGCAGUAAGUACAUUUCUGAAUAGUUUUUACAUAAGAUGUACACUGCGUCGGGAAGAUGUUGAGUUUAAUCCCAGGUGUUACCCUUAUAAUGACUUAUAUUGAAAUAAAGUAACUUGAAAUAGUGCGUCUUCGAAAUAUUUUGCGGUACCCACUGCUGUAUCUGACAAGGACCGACCAGCCGACCUCGGCAAGCUCAGUUGAGUGGUAAAAGACGUCUGCACUAAUAAGCGGGGGGUCGUGGGCUCGAGGCCCACCUGCCUAAGCUUGUAAAUUUUUUCGUAAGCUCUUGGACAAGCAGUAAGUACACAGUGUCUAUGAAUAGGGGGCAGUACGUGUCGGAGCACAACCUGUAAUUACACUUUACUUCAUUGCAUCCGCCCAUUUCGGCAAAGGGGAAAACUUACGGUUUUCCGGGGGGGUUUUUUCAGUAGAAUGUGCCUUGAGAGGUGUUAUUUUGUUCAUUAAUGUAGAUACAUGUAAAUAUAUAUGAAUUAAAGAAUAGAAUCCGUCCAUUGUACCCAAAUAAUGUUUGUUCCCUGGGAAUCGAACUGUAGAAAUAAAAUCUUUUAUGUGAGGUUGAUAAUAGGUUUGAAAAGAAUAUUAUUUGAAUUAGAUUUGUAAACUAGAUAAUAUUCAAAAGAAGAACUACGAAUAUUAAUUUGUGUUAUUUUGCAUUCCAAAGCAAGGCAAUGAAAUCUUUUUUUUUAAGUCUGUUUCAAUUUUGGAUGAUUGAGAAGGGAAACGUUAGUUGUAACCUUGUCAGUUGUUGGAGUUAGUCACAUACUUUCAAGAGGAAGUCUACAAGUCAUGCAACAAGUGUCGGGGAAAAACGCUUGUUGGACUCAAGACUGACUGCUUUCAAUUGGUUUGUGAUUCACAUGGGAUGGCUUAUGAUUGGGGUUUGGAUUCACUUACAAUGGUUUGUAAUGUCUUCGUUACGCCCCUUGCUCGAUAUCACCAAAGAUUGAAAUGAGGAUGUCUCAACAAAGUUCGCACACCAUACAGAAGGCAUUCGAAUUCAUGUCAGGGUAUACGAAAGGGUUGGAGGAAAAUUCUCAACAUCAGAAAACCUAAUUGAUGUGAAAAUACAAAUUCCUAUGUUGAAAACGAAACGUUAUUUUGGUGGACGAAACUCCGGGCGAUAAACGUUCUGUGCAGAAAGCGUGUUUGAUUGAUAUUAAGGAAAACUUAAGGAAAGCGUAACUGUACGUAAAUAAUUUUAUUCACAAUCCCGUACUUUGUUCCGUCCAUUGGUGCAAUGGAAUGCAUCAUUAUUUUUGAUUCCGAAAUUUAAAUAAUUUAUUAUUGAAAUGUUUAUUAGAAAAUGUCACAAUUCUAAUUUUCUGUAGAGAAUUUCCAAAAAAAUUGAUUGCGCUGUCCAAGAAACAUGUACAUGUAUAUUGCUUUUCCAAUUUUCCAAAAACAAUUGAAUGUAUUGAACUCUUUGAAAAUGAAUUGUUUGGCGGUUGAGGUUGAACUUAACGAUUUUGAGAACCAAAGGAAAUUACCUCGCUACAUGCGGUAUUUUUUCCGGAUAUUGUAAAGAAAAUCAGCAUUGUUCUUAAGGGUGUGUCGUUUCCUGUUAUUACUUAACUGCAAACAAAUUUUGCAUUGAAUAGGAUAUAAUGGAGUGCUUAUAAGCUUGGCCGAUUCUGUGUACAUUCAUGUAAUUUCAAGCAGCAACCAAGUGAUUUGGGGAGUGCUUAUUUCGUGGAUUGAGAGGUUCUUGCAAAUACAUUCCAAAAUUGAAGUGAAUCACAGAGCACGUAUGUCACAGGGCCUUCCAACAACUAUGUAAAACAAUUUCUCCAACGUUGUAUUGGGGAAGUUGCCCUAUGGAUUUAAAAAAAAGGAAAGGGUUACCAUCCGUAAAUACAUGUUCUGUGUGUUCAUUGAGUUUUUACGAAUUUGUGAACUCUUUUUGGAGCCUAGAGGUUUAAUGCGUUCGGUAUUGUGUGUAUAUUGUGUAUAUUUACAUUAUUUUAAUUGCACAAUUUUGUGUUGAGUUUGUAUUUUUGUUAUAAGAUAUGCUGCCUGCUGUUGGGAAUAAAGUUUGAGUAUUCAAACUGA